UUACGUAUCGUCGAUAGAUUGAUGAAGGUUGAUGACACUCUUUACAAACUCGGAGCCUCGUUCGAUUUCCGACAAUGUUUUCUCGUUGGAAUAACGAAUUUCAGCUUUAUCUUUUUGCUGUUACUCGGUCACAUCGUAUUCAGAGUUUUACUCCUUCUUUAUGUGAUGCCACUAGAGCAAGCGGUAUUCGGAACGAUGCUCCUCAGAUACCCGGACACCGUCAGCACUUUUGUGGGAACAACUUUUUGGGCUCUAGUUUGGUAUGCAGGCCACAAAUUUUACGCAGUAAACAAAUUACUCGAAGAGCCAUACAAGCACAUCUACCGACGAUUCGAAAGCGACGAUUUUGGUACUUUUUUGCAAAAAAAAUUUCACGUCACGUCGUUCAACAUGGCAUUGUGUCGACACUUCUUGAACGGGAGUGAUCGAAAGAGUUUUAUCCAGAUAAUAAAGCACGUGCAUCUCGAAAUAACCCUCGUGACAAAAGAUCUCAAUGACAUUUAUGGUCAAUCGAUGUUAAUGCACCUCGGAAUAGAUUUCGUUCUGUUCACCUCAUGUUUUUAUAUGCUCUACGGUCUUUCAACGCAAGCGCAUACUGAGACAAGACUGUUUAUUAUCGCCAUGAUGGCAUUAUCCUGGAUAGUACCAUUUUUAUUGCGAGUAUUGCUUAUCAUCGAUGUUUGCGAAAGCGUUACGAACGAGGCAAAACGCACGGGUCAACGAAUCUACCAUUUUACACACUCGGAAGAAGACUCCGAAUUCUCCGAUGAGAUCAAAGAAUUUGGUCUCCAACUGUACAAUUGUCCGGUUCACUUUUCUCCAGUUGGCUUUUUCACACUCGGCUAUGAAUUUAUGGGAUCGUUUCUUGGAACUGUCUUGACCUAUCUGAUAAUCCUAAUACAAAUGGACAAGGGUAGCAGGCUUCAAUUGCGCUAAACUCUCAACCGUCAGCACUUGUUUGCAGCGAAUAUUAUUACGAAAAAGGAUUUCAAUCAAUCGAGUUGAAUUAUAAGCAAAACAAAAAAAUUGUAAAAUAAACGAACCCAAAGUAUUUUUUUGUUUUUUUUUUUAAUGUUAAAAUAUUUUUAAAUAACACAUUUUCUGCAGUGUCUUCGAAGAGUAAUUGCAAUAAAAAUCGACGAGGUAAUGAGACUUCAACCACCCUGAAAC